AGAUCAGUCAGUGGCUUCAUGGAGUUAUGUACCUCUGAUCCGCCGCCAUGGAUUGCAAUCCGCGAUCACUUCUACUCAUUUUACCUCUUUUAUUGUCCUGCGUUAUUCCUGCGUUUCCCAUCAUCUACCCCCCGAAUGAAGUGAACCUGUUAGACUCUAAAGCCAGCCAGGGGGAGUUAGGAUGGAUUUCCUACCCAUCACAUGGGUGGGAGGAGAUCAGCGGGGUCGAUGAGCACUACACUCCCAUCAGGACCUUCCAGGUGUGCAACGUGAUGGAGUACAGCCAGAACAACUGGCUUCGCACCAACUGGAUCCCUCGCCAGUCUGCUCAGAAGAUCUACGUGGAGCUGAAGUUCACCCUGAGGGACUGCAACUCCAUCCCGUUGGUGCUGGGCACCUGCAAGGAGACCUUCAACCUCCUCUACCUGGAAGCAGAUGACGACCAGGGCAGCCACUUCAGAGAGCACCAGUUCUCAAAGAUCGAUACCAUUGCAGCUGAUGAGAGUUUUACCCAAAUGGACCUGGGAGAUCGUAUCCUCAAGCUCAAUACUGAGGUGCGCGAGGUUGGUCCUAUGACCAAGAAGGGCUUCUACCUGGCGUUCCAGGACGUGGGCGCUUGCGUAGCUUUGGUUUCAGUGAGGGUGUACUUCAAGAAGUGCCCUAACACGGUGAGGAAUCUGGCCUCCUUCCCUGAUACAGUGCCAAUGGACUCCCAGUCACUAGUGGAGGUCAAAGGCUUAUGUGUCAAUCACUCCAAAGAGGAGGAGCCUCCACGAAUGUACUGCAGUACGGAGGGGGAGUGGCUCGUUCCUAUUGGGAAGUGUCUAUGCAACCCAGGAUACGAGGAAAGAAGCAACACCUGCCAAAUGUGCAGGGCGGGCUUCUACAAAUCUGCGCUUGGAAAUACAGAGUGUUCCAAGUGUCCACCUCACAGUUUCUCUCACCAUGAGGGCUCGCUGCACUGUGGCUGUGAGAAGAACUUCUUCCGUGCUGAGGGAGACCCUGCCUCCAUGGCCUGCACCCGCCCUCCAUCAGCUCCUCGAAAUGUGAUCUCCUCCAUCAAUGAGACUUCAGUCAUCCUGGAGUGGAGCUGGCCAGAGGACAGCGGCGGGCGCAAAGACAUCACCUUCACCGUCCUCUGCAAACGCUGCCGUGGGGUCUCUGCUAACGGCAGCAACGCUGGGACCCUGCGCUGUGAACCUUGCCGGAGCAACGUCCGCUUCCUGCCGAGAGCCGCGGGCCUUCACAACACCACAGUGACUGUAGGGGAUCUACUGGCUCACACCAACUACACGUUUGAGAUCGAGGCACAGAACGGAGUGUCCUCGCUGGCACCCAAAAUGAGGCAGUACGCCGCUGUCACCAUCACUACCAACCAAGCUGCCCCCUCCCCGGUAACAGUUAUCAAAAAGGAGAAGACGUCUCGAAACAGCGUGUCCCUGUCCUGGCAUGAGCCGGAGAGACCCAACGGCAUUAUCCUCGACUAUGAGAUCAAGUACUACGAAAAGGAGGAGCAGGAGACCAGCUAUACCAUCCUGCGUGCUCGGGGUUGUAAUGUGACUCUGAAUGGUCUGAAGCCCAACACUGCCUACCUGCUGCAGAUCAGAGCGCGCACAGCUGCAGGAUAUGGAGCCAGCAGCCCCAGUUUCCAGUUUGAGACCAGCCCUGACUCUGCCUUUUCCAUCUCCAGUGAGAGCAGCCAAGUCGUUCUGAUUGCCAUCUCCUCAGCUGUGGCCAUCAUCCUGCUCACUGUGCUUCUCUACGUGCUGAUUGGCAGGUUUUGUUGCCACAGCAAAUCCAAACAUCCUGAUGAGAAAAGGCUGCACUUUGGAAAUGGCCACUUGCGUUUGCCAGGGAUCAGAACCUACGUGGACCCCCACACCUAUGAAGACCCCAGCCAGGCUGUGCAUGAGUUUGCCAAGGAGCUGGACGCUUCCUGCAUCGCCAUCGAUAAAGUAGUGGGAGCAGGUGAAUUUGGUGAGGUGUGCAGUGGGCGCCUGAAGCUUCCCAGCAAGAAGGAGAUCUGUGUGGCCAUCAAGACUCUGAAAGGAGGAUACACUGACAAACAGAGGCGUGACUUUCUUGCAGAGGCAUCAAUCAUGGGACAGUUUGAUCACCCCAACAUCAUCAGACUGGAGGGAGUGGUGACACGCAGUAAACCCGUCAUGAUCGUCACGGAAUACAUGGAGAAUGGAUCAUUGGACAGUUUCUUGAGAAAACAUGAUGCACAGUUUACAGGCAUCCAGUUGGUUGGUAUGCUGCGUGGCAUCGCCUCAGGCAUGAAGUAUCUCUCAGACAUGGGUUAUGUUCACCGGGACCUGGCAGCUCGGAACAUCCUGGUCAACAGCAACUUGGUGUGUAAAGUGUCAGAUUUCGGACUGUCGCGAGUCCUGGAGGACGACCCAGAGGCUGCCUACACCACCAGGGGAGGAAAGAUCCCCAUCCGGUGGACAGCUCCAGAAGCUAUCGCCUACCGGAAGUUUACAUCAGCCAGCGAUGCCUGGAGUUAUGGCAUCGUACUCUGGGAAGUGAUGUCAUAUGGGGAACGGCCAUACUGGGAGAUGUCAAAUCAGGACGUAAUUAAAGCUGUAGAUGAGGGGUACCGCCUCCCCCCACCCAUGGACUGCCCUGCCACCCUCUACCAACUGAUGCUGGACUGCUGGCAGAAAGAGAGGAACAAUCGACCUAAGUUUGAACAGAUCGUCAGCAUCUUGGAUAAACUCAUCCGAAACCCUGGUAGCCUCAAAAUAACAGCCAACACAACUUCAAGGCCGGCAAACUUGUUGUUGGACAGGAGCAGUGCAGAGGUUCCCUCCAUGGGGACAAUGGGUGACUGGAUGGAUGGAAUGAGAACCUUACCCUGCAAGGAGGCCUUUUCUGGGGUCAGCUACAGCUCCUGUGACACUCUGGCCAAGACCUCCACAGAUAGAGUGGUUCUGACGGAGGUCCACGUCACACCGGCCACUUGCCCAGAAUGGGAGCCAUCCAUGGGAAUCACCACUCUCUAACACCCAGCUCCUCCUCCUCAGGCUCUGGAUGGGAUCUGAAGAAGGUUGGAGUGACUAUCGUAGCACCGCAGAAGAAGAUCGUGAGCAGCCUCAAAGCCCUUGAUUCUCACACCAAGAACGGCCCAGUACCUGUUUAGAAAAUGAACCCAACGAAUACAAACGCCAGAGACCUGCCUGUCGGUGUGGUUGCUGAUCACAGUCUAACACGGUGACUUUAAACUUAAACUGGAAAGGAAUGGAAAUGGAGGGGGGGGAAUUAAAUGGUUCAAAUGAGGGCUGUCAACGUUUUGUUGAAAGACAAUAUCAAGGUCUGAUGGAAAGAAAAGGGAAGAGUUUAGUGUGGACCUGCCAGCGGGUAAAGCUGUCAACUCUUCAACCCUCCAUCCCUCCAUGCCCAAGUUGAGAUGCCUUACAGACAAAAAAUGAGGGUAAAGAGGGCAAAGUUUAUCUAAGGGGGUCAGUGAGACCUGAUCUGGACUGCGACAUAAGGCGAGGACUGGACUAACAAAAAGCCGGAGCUCUCCAAAAUUAGCCUAGCAGGAAAGGAAAGUCUUCCUUUUACGGCUAAAAGGGGACGGGCAUGCUCACAGUCUCCUCCCACCACGCCUGACCGGCAACCUACGGAACAAGGAGGUGAAAUAGCUAAGAUGCCUUGCAGGUCGAGCAUGGCACAUAGCAGUACCUCACCCAGAUGUGGACCCUUCCUGGACUUACGAGGUCUGAGGCAUGAGAUGUUGUAACUACCUACAUUUGCUGUCUCUGCGGACACACCAAGAUGACAACCGAGCCAUUUAACUCUGUAGCUCUAACCUAUAGCAUUUGCAUUCAGUAGACAUGUCACAUAAAAGCAAUAAUCAUGAUUAUCAGUUAAUUUGUCUCAUUGUAUGGAAGCUGUAAGUCUGUCACAUGUACAAUGUAUUAAAUACUCUGGAGGUGCAGGGGCCAUAACACACUUCACACACAGAACUGUCUUUACUGGGACAUCUUUGCUCUGUUGGCUUAUGACCUGAUAUUGUACAGUUACAUUGCUGUUUCCUCAUGCCCUCUGUGUGAAAUCUCAGGAUGUAUACAUUAUUUAAUUUUACAAGUUGAAAAGAGAUAGAGAGAACAGAGCAGCGAAGGAUGAGAAGACAAAAAUUGGGAAACUGAUAGAGAGGUAUUCAUAAAAGGGAAAAGAGAACAUGAACGAGAGGUGUCAUGCAGACCUCUUCUUUUCGAUGCUCCUGAUGUGUUGUGGAAGUGUUUUAACCUUGAAGUGAGUCUAAACAUGACCUUCUUCUUCAGGUAGGACAGGCUUAUCGAGCCAACACAACAUCAGGUAUCAUGGCAUAUAUGGAUUUGUGUACAGGAAAGGGAAGGUUGAGAACAACAAGCUGAUGUAAGGAUGUCUUAGUCCCUUUGUUUUGCCAGCAUUGAUAACUUAUUAACAAAAGCAUACAUUUAAUAUAAUAAAGAUCUUUGUUUUAGUGUAAAUUUAGUUCCUUAUCUUUAAAUCCUGGUGUGUGUAAUGCAAAAAGUAGAGUGCCUCCUGUAGCUGGGUUGGAUCGCGGUGGGAUCCCAAAGCAAAAAGGUCCAGUUUUACCUUAUUUUCAGCAAAGUCGUGGUCUUCUCUUAUGUUCUCAAAAGAGCAUGAGGUUUUUCAUCACUGCCCUAAACUAGCAAGGUGUGAACAUGCCCUGAGAAACAUGCAACACUUUCAUAAAUGAUUGCUUUCUGAGAUGGUAUCUUAGUACAUCAUAUGUCAAGGUUGGGUUCUCCUAAAGGCACCCCGUAAAGAAAAAAAUCUUUGUUCUAUGAAGUACAGACCUAAAGAUGUUUGUUUCCUUCUUUCAUGUCACCCAGUCUAACCCCCAGCCCCAACAUCUAUCCAGUAUUUCUAAACUGGCACUUUGGUACUUUGGUGUUGUUGGUUUGGAUACCUUCAAGUUCCUUCCAAGCACUUGCUGUGGUACAAAAUAUUAGAGCACUUUGAAAUGGAACUGUUUUUUGCCGUGGCCAUAGAUCAAAGCUUGUCUACCAGACACUGGUGAUGUUGGUGCUUUUGGGAAACCCAGCCCUGUUCAGUGUGUCAGUCCUCUGUUACUUGGUCUACCUGUGGAUGCUGCUGUUGCUGCUAUGUGUUCCAAUUAGCAUGUACAUAAUGUAAACCAUCAUAAUGAUAGCAACUAGCACUACAGAUCCCACUAUAUGUACAUGGCCAUCCUUCUUUGUACAAAUGUUUGUAUGUAUAAAAGAAUAAAUAAAAAUUGUGCAACAUUUUUAAUUAAAAAAGAGACAAAAAUCAUCUGUAUUAUAUUUUAUCUUAUUUUGAAUUUUAUUUGUCUGCUUUGUUUUUUUUCUUUUCUACAAUAAAAAGGCAAUUAUGACAUUAUUAUUUAUUUGUUAACAUUAUACAGCGCAAUGUUGAUGUUUUUUGUAGCAUACAGUAAAUUAUGUGUCAGUGUUAUCUGUGUUUUGGUUUUUGACUUACUUUAUAAACCUGGGACAUCUGAGAGAGCAAUACUGUUAUGCACCCUUUAUCCAGAUCCCUCAUUUUUUGUCUCAAGACUGACUCGUGUGUCUGUGUGAGAGUUUACGUGUGCAAAUGUAGAUGGCCUUGUCUACUAAUGUAAAAUGAUUUGUAGUGGAAACAUUUAUAUUUUUAUAAUAAAUAUUGGCAAAAUAUUUUCCAAAAAAUGGAUGAUGA